UGGAAUUUCAAUAUGACAGUUUUGGCCGUUGAAAAUGUUUUGAGUUUUGUGGUGCAACUUUUAUUUUAUAAAAACUGUGUUUCUAAUCCUUUUUAUCACACGAACACAUAAGUAGCAGCGGUUUGAUGUGUUUUUCGUUACUAUAACUAGUUUAUUGAUAGGAUAUCUUAGAGUGGUUGCGACGCCAUGGGAAGCAAUACUAGCAAGGCCAGCAAUGAAACUGCUGAUACUCAACCACACAUACCCGACGUCUGUCCCAGUUCAGACCCUCGAUCUCCUACACCAGAAAUAACGCGGACACCCUUACAAAACAACAAUGGCACAAAGCAUAACAUAACAAAAAAUGUUGACUUGCGGAAGACAUUUGAAGGAACAAAAGGUGAAGAAAAGCUCAUUCAUAACAAUCCAAUUUUAUCUGCUGUUAUCAAGAAUCAUCUGCAGUCAUACGACCCUCGAUCUCCUACUCAAGACUUUGAAAGGACACCCAUUGUAGUAUCUGCUGAUGAUGUAAGUGGUGAAGAGCAGAACAUUCGCCAGCAGGUUGAUGGGGCAUUUGGGAGUCCCUGUUUAGAGAAUGAUGGAGAUGUACUAGAUCAUGCCGAAGAAAGGGUAGUGGCAGACAUGGUGGUCCCAAGGAAUUUAUGUGAUGGAUUCUUUGACUUGACGCUUGAUGAUUCCCUCAAACCUGAUGCUCCAUUAGGCUCAUCCACCGCAUCAAAUGAUUCAAUUGAAAAAGAUAUUUCUAAUCAAAGUGUUGAUAAACCCACUCAAUUACUAGAAACUAAUUUUGACUAUGUAGAAGAUAACAAUGAGACAGUUCAAAAUGAGGACUCUGAACAGAAUGGCAUCAUGGAACAGAAAGCAAUAAUGAAGUUUAGGGUCCUUGAAAAUGACCCAAGAUCACCCUCUGUAGGCAUUGACAGAACUCCAAUUGUAGUUCCUAAAAUAGAUGAAGAAUCAAGUGAGGACAAUGUUGAAGAAAUGUCAGAUGACACCUUGAUCAAGGUGCUACAGAGUACUAAUGCUGAACUUCGCCAGGCAAGCUCAAAAACUGAUAAUAACCCUGAAGGACUGCUUAUUUAUGAAGAUGAAUCUUCAACCAAAAUAAAUGACACACCCAAAAAGUCUAAAUCUGUUGCUAACAAUGGCUCCAGAACACCUUUAUCUUGUAUGAAAAACAAAGGUGAUGCAACCCACAUUAGGUCCAAAUCAGCUAACACAUUGAUUGAUCCUAAAUCUGAAAAUGGGGUGGCAAAGAUGCAGAAACGAGUUUCCCACAUUCCAAGACUGAAGUCCCUGACUGUGACUAAACCACCUUUACCCAUGUCUGGUAAUAACACAGUGUCACUGAAAAACUUGACUAAAGCUGGAGUAGUUGGUGGUGACUGUGAGAACACCCCUCCCCACUCUCACCGUGAUAGGUGGGACAAAGACAGUAGCAUUGUACUGUAAUUUAAUCAUGUAAAGAUUUGAA